AUGAUUUACCUUAAGACUUUACUGAAAGUGAUUGACAACUCCGGUGCAGAACUAGUGGAGUGCAUCAAAGUUCUCAGGAAAAACCCAAUGAACUGCGCACACGUUGGAGACAAAAUUGUCGUUGUUGUGCAGGAGGCAAAGCCAUUGUCAUCACAGAUUACAGGAGCAGCUGCUUCGAACCGUGUGAAAAGAGGAGAUAUUUGUCGUGCCGUUGUUGUAAGAACCAAGUACCCAAUCCAAAGAAACGACGGGACCGUCAUAAGAUUUGAUGACAAUGCCUGCGUCCUAAUCAACCAGAAGGACGAGCCUAUCGGUACCAGAGUCAGUAGUGUGGUUGCAAGAGAGCUAAGAAAGAAGAACUUUGGUAAGGUUAUUUCUCUUGCCCCAAGGGUUGUCUAA